UCCACUACUUCACCUAUUGUGUCCUUAACCCCUCUCCGAUAAAUCUCUAAACCCUAAAACGAAAACAAACAAAAAUGGCGGACGUGGUGCAGUACCGGCUGGAGCGCAUGGUCAAUGAGCUCGACGAUCUCGAGCGUCGCGGCAUCUUCUCACGCAGGGAGAUUGACGAGAUAGUGAAGCAGCGACGCAAGUUCGAGUACCGCCUGAAGCGGCCGAGUCCGCUCAAGCAGGAUUAUCUGGCUUACAUUGAGUACGAGACUCAACUCGACUCGCUCAGAAGGCUCAGGAAGAAGUCUGUGGCGCGACAGCUGAGGAACCAGGGAAUUAACGAGAAGAAGAAGAUGAAGAAGUCAGUUUCAGACUUCGCUGGCGUUGUGAGGAUUGUUGACAUUUACAGGCUCGCGGUUACUCGUUACAAGGGCGAUAUUGAUCUCUGGUUUCGGUACCUUGAGUUUUGUAGGGAAAAACGUCAUGGCAGGAUGAAGAAGGUCCUAGCUCAGGCUAUUAGGUUUCAUCCAAAGGUCCCGGGACUUUGGAUUUACGCAGCUGCUUGGGAAUUUGAUCACAACUUAAAUGUUGCAGCAGCUCGUGCUUUAAUGCAGAGCGGUUUGAGAGUUUGUCCUACUUCAGAAGAACUGUGGAUCGAGUAUCUUCGGAUGGAACUUACCUACCUUAAUAAGUUAAAGGCCAGAAAGGUUGCUCUUGGAGAGGAUGAGGGAACUCUGGUUCGUGAUAAGAAAGUGGCCGGUGAGAAACAAUGGAGAGAUGAGAAUGAAGACUUAUUUAUGUCUCUUAAUGAGGAUAAGGAAAACAAUGGAUCGAAUGUGGAAAACAGCGAGACACAUGGGAAAGUAGAUGUGUUUCGAGAACAAGGAUUUAGUAUUUUAAAAGCCAUAUAUAGUGGGGCAAUUGAAGCUCUUCCUUCUAGUUUAAACCUGAGGAAAAGAUUUUUAGAGAUAUUGGAUGCAUUAGACUUGGCUCAUUCUGAAGAAAUGCACGAACAGAUACUAAGUGAGAUGAAGAGAGAUUUUUCAACAGAUCCAGAGUAUUGGGAUUGGCUUGCAAGACGUGAAUUUGAUCCAGAGACAAUAGAGGGGAUGAGUGAUGAACUCGUGCUUUCUCAAACAGAGAAAGCAAUUAAGGUAUAUGAGGAGGCUCUUAAAGUUAUGCCUUCAGACAAAGUGUUUAAUUAUUACACAAAGUUUAUGAUGGGUGUUAUACUUCUCCAAAAAGGAGAAAAAGAAAUUUCAGAAUUGUCCGGUCAGUAUGCAACUUAUAUAUCACAUUUAUUAGGUAUAUAUGAGAAGGCUAAAGCAUUAGAAUGUAUAACUGAAGAACUUGGAUACCAGCAUGUUUCAUUUUAUUUACAACUGGGAAGACUGGGUGAAGCAAGAAACCUGGCAGAUACGCUUUGCCGUGAAAUUUUUUCGGACUCAACACAGUUAUGGCUAAUAAAGGCAUCUCUAGACGUUAGACAUGUUACAAGAGAUUCUCUAUCUCCCCCAACUAAAGCUGACCUUCUAUCUAUCUUUGGAAUUAUGAAAGAUGUUUUGCCAAAAAUUUCUGUCUCAAAAGCUGAGAGCUUGUGGAUAAUGGCACUCAAACUGUUUUCAACUCAGAAACAAUAUUUUGAGAAGCUGGUUGACCUCUCUAUUGUAUCAAUAACUAGAGAUGGAGACAGUGACAAUGGUUUCUCCCUAUCUUCAGCUAUUGUGAAUUUUGUUUUACAAAAUGAUGGAAUUCAAAAUGCGAGAGAAAUGUAUAAACGCUUUCUUGCAUUACCACAUCCGGGGCUUGCUAUAUACAGAAAUUGCAUUGAUUUGGAAACCAACUUAGCAUCAGUUGGUGACAAAGAUGGGCUUGUAAAUGCGCGGAAGUUAUUUGAAUCUGCACUUUCAUCUUACGGCCAAAAUCUCAGCUUAUGGCAAAAUUACCAUCGAUUAGAAAUGAAGAUGGGAACAUCUGAAACCGCCAGUGCUGUCCAUUGGCGUGCAAGAAAGAUUCUAAAGGAUUCGACUGCUCUCAUUACUCAGGAUUUUUAAAUGUUCAUUGUACAUUUGAUUCAAUUUUGACCUUUUAUAACUGUUCGACUGCAAACGGGAAAGAUGUGUAACUCACGGAGGAUAUCAACAUUGUUUGGUAUGUAAACAUUUCCCUCUCAAAAUUGAGAUUCAUGAGUCAUGACUACUGUGUUCAGUGCCAAACAAGAACGUGUUACAGUUUUUAUAGCACUAAAAUUGCCUUGUGAGCAGUUGUGAUCACUACAUUAAAGCCUUAUUUACAUGAAAACGUCGAACAUUACAUAUUUUA